AUGUGUGACAAUGAUUGUGGAGCUGCUGCGUGCGUUGUGAAGAAGGGCAAGCCGCAGUGCCAGUGCCUCGACGGCCUCGUGUUCAACGCCGCUAAGAAGCUCUGCCGGGUUGCUCCUCCUCGUAGGUGCCAACAAUCUCGUUCAUAUCAUGCUCUGCACUGGCAUGCUCUGCACUGGCAUGCUCUGCACUGGCAUGCUCUGCACUGGCAUGCUCUGCACUGGCAUGCUCUGCACUGGCAUGCUCUGCACUGGCAUGCUCUGCACUGGCAUGCUCUGCACUGGCAUGCUCUACACUGGCAUGCUCUGCACUUGCAUGCUCUGCACUGGCAUGCUCUGCACUAG